AUGGCGAAAGACAAGUGGAGCAAACUGGAAACAGAGGAACUAAUUUCAAUUUACCGAAAUUAUCCACUUUUGUACAAUAUAAAACAUGAAGACUAUAUAAAACCUUCUAAAAAAGAGGCUGCGCUGAACGAAAUAGUCAGUCAAAUAAAAUGGAUUAAACCUGACGCGACAUGCGAAGUGAUUAAAAAAAAAAUUAAAACAUUAAAAGAUCAAUAUGGUGUAGAGCAGCGAAACAUUUUAAAAAAAAGUGGAAUGAGUACAGCAGCUUUAUAUACACCCAAAUUAUGGUGCUUUAAACAGCUAAGCUUUCUGUCUCAUUCAAGUGCUGAACCCGUGUGUAGAAGUAAUAUAAACGUGAACAUCGGUAAUGAGAACAUAGAAAUAAUCCAACCGUCCAUUUCAGCAGGCCAGUUGUCCAAUUUAGCUGAAAUACAAAAGCCAAAGAAGAAGAAAAAUAAAUUGGACACAUUUUUGAACCAAGCCGCGCAAUCAUGUCAGCUUGUGCAUGACUUAAAAACAAGUGUGGAGAAAACAGCGGCCUCAAAGUCAGCAUCUUUCUGUAAAUAUAUGCAGACUGAAUUAGAUAAACUCGAUGAAACAUUUGAUGAAGCGCAGGAUGAUAUCAUAGCUAUCCUUCAACGGUAUAAGCGUAAGGAAAAAUUGCUUAAAUGUAGAAUUAAAUAUACCAGUAGCAGACUCAACGAUAUGAUGAAAAAGCAAACUGUCUGUGCGACGUGUAAUAAAGAAUUCGAUUCAGUUAAUGCUUUAAGUUCUCACAUACUUGAAAUGCAUAAGGAUCAUUCGGAAACUUAUCACAAUGCUAACACUGCUCCAAAAUUAGAAUUAAAUACUUCCGAUUUAUCACCAACAAAUAUUUACAGUAUUGAUGACUCCAGAGAAAAUUCAAUUAAAAAUAUUACUUCAGAUGACGACAAUAGUUUACUGUCAGUAAAAUAUGAAGAUCAUUCGCCGUUGGAAACAGAUGUAAUUGAAAAUAGAUAUAUAGCAGAUGAAGGACAUAAUGAGAAGCACACUAUAUUAAAAAAUAAAAAAAUAAAGGUGGAAACAGAAGCUACUAAUGAUCUGACAUCCAUCGAAGAUGGUGUUAUUGCACAACAAUUUAUAAAAAAGGAAAUAAUGGAUACAAAUACUGAACAACUAUUAUUAGAAAAUGAAAUGUACACUGUUACGACAUUAGAAAAUGAGUGUACAAAGAUGGAAACAAAGACUACACCAGAGAAUCUAUUUGAAAAGGUUGGAGGCGAUAAAGAUUUGUUCGAAAAUGUUGUUGCUGCGCAAGAAUUUAUAAAAGAUGAAGGACCUGAAACAAGCACAGAGCACUUCUUAUUAGAAAACGAAAUGUACACUGUUAUAACGAUAGAAAAUGAGACUAUUAAAAUGCAACCAGACACUACUCGUUCUGAAAGUCCAUGUAGCAGAAAAGCACAAGCUACUGCUCCUAAAACUGAUGAAAACGUUUUUACAUGCACUAAAUGUGAUCAAAGUUUUACAAUCAAGGAAUCUCUUGAUCAUCAUAUGAGACAACAUACUGGAGAAAAAAGUUUCACUUGUACAGACUGUAACCAAUGUUUCACUCGUAAGCAAGGACUCGAUAUUCAUAUAAGGCGACAUAAUGGGGUUAAGCCCUACACUUGCAGUGAAUGUGAUAAAAGUUUUGCUAUUAAGAGAGAACUCAAUCAGCAUAUGAGGCGUCAUACUGGUGAGAAACCCUACAUAUGCACUGAAUGUGAUAAAUGUUUUGCUGUUAAGCAUGCACUUAUUCGUCAUAUGAAGAAACAUACUGGUGAAAAACCACACAUAUGCUCUGAAGUAUAUAAUUUUAAUAUAUCGAUUUAA